AUGCGAAUCACUAUAGUAAUAUUAUUAGUUUGCCUAUUAAAUAUCUCAAUAUUAAAAGCAGAUGACGAUGAUAUUGAUGAAGAAAUAACUAUUGACGAUGCUCCAGGAGCAGCAGCAAAUAUUGAAAAAACUAAUGUACCAUUAAUGAAAUCUACAUCGUCAAAUAUUUAUUUUGAAGAACAAUUUCAAGACAAAUCAAAAUGGCCACGUUGGGUUAAAUCCCAAGCAAAAAAGGAUGGUGUCGAAGAAAUAUUAGCAAAAUAUGAUGGUGAAUGGGGCUUUGAAGUGCCUCAAUCAUCUGCUUACAGUGAUGAUUAUGCUUUAAUUUUAAAAUCAAAAGCAAGACAUCAUGCAAUCAGCACUCAAUUAUCAAAACCAUUUGAUUUUUCAACCAGUCCGCUUGUUGUACAAUAUGAAGUUAAAUUUCAAACAAAUCAAGAAUGUGGUGGUGCUUAUGUUAAACUACUUUCGUCGGAUGGCACACAACUUGAUUUGCAACAAGUAACAGACAAAACUCCAUACACAAUUAUGUUUGGUCCAGAUAUGUGUGGUGUUGAACAUAAAUUUCAUUUUAUAAUUCGUUAUAGAAAUCCAAAUACUGGAGUCUACACUGAGCAUCAGGCAAAAAAGACAACAGAACCAUUAGAUAGCUAUUUUACAGAUAAAAAAUCGCACUUAUAUACACUUGUUUUAUCGGCUGACAAUAGUUUUAAAAUGUAUAUUGACAAUAAAUUAGUGAAUUCGGGUAGCUUAUUAACAGAUAUGGAACCAUCAAUAAUUCCUUCAAAAGAAAUUGUUGAUGAAACUGAUCGAAAACCAGACGAUUGGGACGAUCGAGAAAAAAUUCCUGAUGCAAAUGCAAAAAAACCAGACGAUUGGGAUGAAACAGAACCAAAAGAAAUUCCUGAUGAAUCAGCAACUAUUCCAUCUGGGUGGCUUGAAAAUGAACCUCCAAUGAUUGCAGAUCCAGCUGCUGUUCAACCAGUCGAUUGGGAUGAUGAAAUCGAUGGUACAUGGGAAGCACCAAGAAUUGACAAUCCUGCUUGUAAAGAUAUUGCAGGCUGUGGUCCAUGGACAGCACCAAUGGUACCUAAUCCAGCUUAUAACGGCAUUUGGCGAGCGCCCUUAGUCGAUAAUCCGAAUUAUCGAGGUAAAUGGGAACCACGUAAAAUUCCAAAUCCAGAAUAUUUCGAAGAAACUCAUCCAUAUAAAUUAACUCCAAUUGGUAAUCUUGCACUUGAACUUUGGUCAAUGGUUGAUAGUAUUGUAUUCGACAAUUUUCUUAUCACAUCUGAUCAAUCAAUUGCUAAACAAUAUGCUGAUCAAAUCUGGUAUCCUAAAUCAGUUCUCGAAGGACAAGCCAUAUCAGCGGCUUCCGAAAGUGUUAUCGAUGCUAUCGUUAAAGCAACUAAAGAUCGUCCAUGGCUAUGGGCUGUUUAUUUAAUUGCUAUUUUAUUACCAAUAGUUAUUCUUGUUGUUUUCUGUUGGUCAAGAAAGUCAUCAGCAGUAAAAUCGACAGAUGGAAUAAAAAAGAAAACUGAUGAAGCUGAACCAGAUUCAACUGAACAGCAAUUGUCAUCAGGCGAAAAUGAUGAAGAAACUGAAGAAAUUGAAAUUGAUGAACAACAAAUGAAGCGCAAUGUAACAAGUACAGCUGGUAAAGAUGCACUUGAAAAUGAUGAUGAAGGCCAAGAAGAAGAAGAAGAAGAAGUUAAUGCUACCGAAACGAGCGAAAAUACUAAUAAAAGUUCGUCACCAUCGGCUAGUAAUAAAUCACGUCGUCGCUUAUUACGUAAAGAAUAA